GUGAUUCGAGAAAUUUAAUAAUAAUUGCAUUUAUAAGUUUAAGGAAUUGCUAUUGAUUAAUAUGUACAUAUAGAUGACUUGGCUUGUCGUUCGAUUCAAAGAGGAAGAUACUGUUGAGGCAGUACCGAAAACAUGGUUUCUGUCAAAAGAAUCUGCAUGCUAUUGGCCAUCAAAAAGUUACGAUAAUGCAGCUAUUAAAGCAUUAAUAAAAAAGAAGCAUAAUCCUGGCUCGACAUGGAUAAAAUAUGAAGCAAUUGUUUUAGGCACAUAUGAUGAUUUAAAAAUUGCUAAAAAAAAGGCAAUCAAAGCCCAAAGUACAGAUGACCUUUCAUCACAUACGGAGAUCUUAACAAAAAAAAAGAAUAAAAUGCAUAAACGGAGACAAGACAGGAAGAAACACAAUUCCUCAGAUACUGAUAAAUCCAAUGAGUCUAACCGUGAUAUGUCUGAUGAAGAUAGUAACACGUACCCAUCAUUUUCACAUUUUGGCAACACACAUGUUGAACGCGACAGUAAUCGCUCUCCAACGGAAAGUCAAGAUAAAAAUAUCACUAAUGAUAACUUCAAAACUACAGACAACGCUGACAUAAAUGCUGAAUUCAAAAGACAAUUUUUUAAAGAAAUUCAUCUUAUUCAUCUAAAAUUAAAUGACCUUAUGAGGAGCAUUGAUAUGCUUAUAAAAAAACCCCGAUGUAUUGAUGAACCAGAACUAAAUGAUGACACUAAUAUGGCUGUUAAGACUCUAAUACAAUCGUUUCCAGUCAUUACAGAGCAGCAACUAAUGUCAAUGGAAGUAUGGCUAUCAAAUGCAACUGAUAACAUACAUGCAUUGAGUAAUCAACUGCGUUUAAUUGGAGGCACGGAUCUUUCCCAUCUAAUCAAGGGCGUUAUGUCGAGAGUAAUUUCGAACGAAGUUGGGAUGCUAUAUUCUUGGGAGGGAGCUCGGCAAAAAAAACCUUUUAAAUCGUUAAAGUUUGUCCAAGUUAUCAUUGGUGUUGUUCGACUGAACUCCAAGACAAAAUCUGCAACAGAAUCGGACAUUAUAGAAGUGAUAAGAAAUUGGUUAGUUAGAAGUAAAGAACGCAGCAACAAAUUUCAGUCGAAACAAAAAUUGAAAGAAAACACUGUGCGUAAAACAGGUUCGGUUUGUGAAACAGAUUCUACUUCUGAAACAGUCAUGUCUGAAAAAGGGCCAGAAUCUUAACGAUUAAGAUAUAAUUUUAUGUCAUUAUUAUUAUUUGUUUUACAUUUAUUAAAA